AUGAGCGGUGGUAAAGCCGUACCAGAAGAGACCUCACGACUCGAACAGCCUAAUGACGCUGUCGCCCUUGACAACAUGAACGAGCCAUCUCAACAGGCGCCUCUCGAUCCCGCACGCGACACUGAUAAGGCGGGCGACAACGCUGCUUCAAACGAGCCAUCGUCGUCGACAGCCGCACCAACAACAUCCGAGAACCCCGAGCAGUCAAACGCGGCAGCACCUCCCUCGCCAAAGGGCAAGGAAAAGGAGAUGGCUCCUCCGCCACCUACAAAGCAGGACUCUAACUUGGGUAUUGGACCUGCUGUCGACGACAUCAAGGCUGUUGCUGGAGGCUCGUCUGAUGGCCCUGUUUGCAACAUUACUCUUCUCCUGACAUCGGGAAGCCGACAUCCUUACAAGAUCGACGCCAAGUAUUUGAACCGGAGGAAUGUGGAUAUUCCAGACCAGACGGAGAGUGGACAACCGGAUCCUUUCAGCAUCAGCAUCUACACCCUCAAGGAGUUGAUACUUCGUGAAUGGCGAAAUGAUUGGGAAGCCAAACCUGCCAGUCCCAGCAGCAUCAGACUUAUCCAUUUUGGAAAACUAUUAGAUGAUAAGGAGCAGUUGAAGAAGUACCAGUUGAGCACGGAGAGCCCCAAUGUGAUACAUAUGAGCAUUCGGCCACAGGAUCUUGAUGAGGAAGAACCCAAGGCUGGAAACAAGAAUCUCUCGUCAGGGGGCGCUGACGGGCAGCGAUCUCGAGGGUCAGGCUGCUGUGUGGUAUUAUAG